AUGAGAGACCUAGGCGAGUGCGUGCCUGCUACCCUCACUCAUGUGGAUUGGCGCGGGAGAUUCGAUGGCCACCCCCGCACGUAUGAGGCCUCUGAGGUAAGGCCCGAUUUGAUCAUUGCCCUGAGAAAUGACAGGGUGAAGUACGGUGACGAGAAGGAGAGCGACAAUGGCUCUGAUUAG